UGUGUCAGAAGGCAAAUGGAACCAAUCAACUUGUGAGCUGCUGAGUGACACCGUGAGUCCUGCCUCUGAAACUUUUGUUAUUUUUUCCCCUCAGCCUACUUCAAUUGUUUCCACAACUUGGUCACAGACUCGGACAAGUUGCCAGAGAUCUACAGGCACAUCUCACAGCCCUGAGCAAGCUCCUCUGUGCUUCACUAAGUCACACCAGGGGUAGGUGACAGCACCAUGGAGGAUUAACAAGCAAGCUCCCCAAAGGCUGUCUAAAGCAAAGAGAAGAUAUUAGGCGCUUUGCACUGUUCCUGACCACUGCUCUUCUUUCCUGCACUCAUAAAACCUCUGAUUCGUGCCCUCUGCUUUCUUGUUGCCAUGGAGAAGGUCCAACACAUGACCCGCUCCGCUCUGAGGAGAGCCUCAACUAUUGAGGUCAACCCACAAGCACGCCAAAGGCUCCAAGAGCUCUUUGUGAAUUUCUGCCUGAUCUUAAUUUGCCUCUUGCUGAUCUGUAUCAUUGUGAUGCUUCUCUGAAGUUCCAGCACUUCUCUGCCCUGUCCUCUAGGAAAGUCACUCCGGGGGAAGAGAGACCUACACGUGCAACUCCCAGUGCAAGGAUCCUCGUGUGACGGGGGCUAGCACUUGGACUAGAGGCUGUGCCAACCGGCGCUCAGUUAUCUUACUGCCCGCUACAUGUAUUAAAAACCAUUUUCUGUGCAGAA